AUGGACGAUUCUCCAUGCCAAGUCUACCUCGAGGCGUGCAAGCGGCACGGUGUGAAGCUCCCCAACCCUGAUCUGGUCAAAUUCCUCCUCGCCCACGACUCCUUCAGCGAGAUUGAGGAGAUCGAUGUCGGCAACAACUACCUGGGCAACCGCGGGAUUCUUGCGUUGCUGGAGGUGGUCAAGGCCCUGCCGAAGAUCCGCUUUCUCAACCUCUCCGACCAGAAGCUCUACAACACCGACCUCAACCAGGGCAGUGUCAAAGGCAACGCCACGAUGGACGCGGUGGUGGCGCUCUGCGGCACCCACCCCACCCUGACCUCGCUGGACCUGAGCCGAAACCCGAUCGGGAACUACGCAGGGCGGCGGCUGCUGGGGCUGGCACAGGCCAACCCCAACCUCUCCCGCAUCGAGCUCGCCAACACGCAGGUGGACUUCGACCUGCGACAGCGCAUCAAGGCGCAGUGUGACGGCAACACCAAGGCGCUCUGGUUCUCCCACACCACCCACCACGACGAGGGCGCCGAGGUGGGGUUUGGGGAGGGGCCGACCUGGGUCCCGCAGGCCGCCCCCGCGGACCUCACCGCGCUCGGGGCGGGCCGACGACGCCGGCAGACCGUCCGCGUCGAGGGGAUCGACCCGGAAAAGGCAAAGCACUACCGCCCCCCGGUUCAUGAGAAGUCGGAUGAGGAGACAAGGCUGAUUUGCGAUCUCCUCGCGCACAACGUGCUGUUCAGCUUUCUCAGCACUAAGGAUAUUCGCUCGGUCGCGGGGGCGAUGUACCCGAUGGAGUUCAAGCGCGAUGAGUGUAUUAUGCAGUUCGGGCAGAAAAACUGCGAUAAGCUCUACGUCAUUCAAUCAGGGCAGGCGGAUAUCAUUAAAGAAGGCCAGAAGGUUUUUCUCAAAAAAGAGGGCACCGCGGUUGGGGAACUCGAACUUCUUUAUGAUACCCCAGCCGUUGCUACAGUAAAAGUUUGCACGAGUAAUUUAGUAGCGUGGGUGCUUGAUAGGGAGACGUAUCGAAACAUGGUCAUGGGCUCCAGUAUUCGUCGACGGGAGCUCUACGUCGCCAUGAUUGCGAAUAUUCCGUUUCUGGAAAGCCUCGACCACUACGAGCGGAUGCAGGUGGCAGAUGCCCUCAGUAGCAACGAAUUCAACCCCGGGGAUUACAUCAUCACUCACGGCGAAAUGGGCGAAUGGCUUCAUAUCAUCAUUGAUGGCAUCGUAGAGGUGAUUGGGCGGGAUGAGCAGAAUAACAAAACGAAGGUUUGUGAAUUCACCAAAGGGGAUCACAUCGGGGAGCUAGAAUUCUUGAAUAACCAUCGCAAUGUUGCCGAUGUAGUUGCCGUAACCCAUGUCACCACCGCAAAAUUGAAUCGUCGUCAUUUUGAAAUGUGUAUGGGGCCGGUGAUCGACGUGUUAAAACGUGAUAGUACGAGUAGUAAAUAUAAAUACUACCAAAAUAUCCUUCAAACCCAGCGUCAGGAAGAUAUUUAG